AUGAAAAGCUUGUCAGCUUCUUGCGCACUUGCUGUCGCUGCUGGGGUCUUGACUCAUCUCCUGUAUUUCAUCCGCGGCGAGCAUCACAAAAAUGCACAUCUAUGGAUUCCCCGAGCACUUGCAGCCAUUGGUCUGCUUGCCGUUGUGGUCUUCCAGUUGACGCAUUAUCGACCAAUCUUCACCACCAUCGCGACCAUUGUCCUCAGCACUUGUUAUUUUGCUGGCCUUUAUCUCAGCAUAGCGCUGUACCGCGUCCUUUUCCACCCAUUACGAAGGUUCCCAGGCCCAUACUGGGCACGAUUGUCAAAUCUCUAUCACUCGUAUCUAAUUCGGAAAUCUGACAAUUAUCUGGUUAUUCAGAAGCUACAUGCGCAAUAUGGGCCCAUUGUCCGGACAGGGCCCGGUAACUUGUCCAUCAACGAUCCAGCUGCAAUUCCGAUCGUCCUGAGCAACGAAUCAAAGUGUAUCAAGAGCCCAUGGUACGAUCGAUCUCUGCCACUAGUGAACUUACAUACCGUUCGAAACAAAACUGUACACGAUGCUCGCAGGAAAGUCUUCUCAAAGGCGUUUUCCCCCUCGGCGUUGCGAGAUUAUGAGGAAAGAGUGGUCGUGCACUGCGAGGAGUUUGUAAGGCAGAUGAAGCGUGUGGCAGGAAGACCAGUCGACGUUUCUCAGUGGUUCAAAUACUUUGCAUUCGAUGUCAUGGGUGACCUAGGCCUUGGAAAAGAGUUCCACAUGAUGACUUCACAGACAAAUCGCUGGAUCCCCGAGCUUCUCGAGACCAGCAUGGCAGAUGUUGGUCCAACAACGCCUGUUCCUUGGCUUGCGCCGAUCCUGCACAGACUGCCUCGCGCAGGGCACGGUGCGAGGGCUUGGUUGGACUUUGUUGGAUCGCAGGUUAAGGAGAGGACGCAAAAAACAUCGGCUAGGAAUGACAUUCUGUCGCAUCUUGUGGAUGUUUAUGACCGCACUGAGAAGAGAGAUAUCGACUAUCAGUGGUUGCGCGGCGACACCAGGCUUACCAUAGUAGGCGGCUCUGAUACGACGGCAGCAACACUGACUUUUCUCUUUCAUUAUUUGGCCAAGGAUCCGGUACAAGUGCAGAAGCUGCGUAGUGAGCUGGAGCCGUUGCUGAAAGGCAAGCCCCGGUUGGAUCCAAAGGACGUGUCCAAGGCCCAGCAUCUCAACGGAGUGAUCCAGGAAGCCCUACGUCUGCACCCGGCUAUUCCUUCUGGCUUUCCACGAGUUACUCCGCCGGAAGGCAUUACCAUCAACGAGGUCUUUAUCCCCGGAGGAACCACCGUCGUCCUGCCGCCAUAUGCAAUGCAGCACGACGAGCUCAACUAUGUCUUGGCGGACGAGUUUAUUCCAGAGCGCUGGUAUUCAAAACCGGAGUUGAUCAAAAACCCCGAAGCUUUCUUGACGUGGAAUAUUGGAAUGAACGGGUGCAUUGGGAGAGCCCUAGCGAUUAUGGAGAUGCGGGACUUGAUCACCUAUUUCAUCCACGCCUUCCAGGGUGUCAAGUUCGCGCCUGGUGAGGAUGGCAGGGCGCUGCUGCAAGGGACUCUGGAUCAUUUCACAGUGGGCGUGAAACCGUUGCGUUUGAUUUUCGAGGAAAAGGCCGUGAAAAGCCUCUAG